CGACACGAGCUGCUCCUGAAUACGGAGGCAGGCAGCCGAAUUGCAACUGGGAACGACCAGGAAAUAAAGAUCCUGCUCGAUUACUGGCAUCCCAUUGUUCUUGGACGUACGUUCCACAAUCAUGUUGUACCAACGAUGGGGGAACAAUUAAACGCCUGGGGAAACGCACCUGAAACUCGCGACCCCAGAGCGGGAGGGAACAGGCCUGUUAUUUUCCUGGUGCGAGUCAGGCUGUCUACGCGCCGCGCCCUUGGCCCAGCCCUGUGGAGGAUUCAAGGAAGAAAUAAGCAAACAAUAAAUAAUCGAUUAAAUCAAAACAUUGCAAGGACGCGAUAA